GGCGAAGAAGAGUUCCACUUCCGGAAAUCAAAUUAUUCACACGAUAGCUAAUUAAACUGUAUUGAUGUUAUCUACCUAACGUUAAAUGUAUAAAAAAUAUACAUUAUGGCUUUGCCGUUUAGCUAAGAAGAGGGUAUGAAUUAACAGUUUGUGAUCGACUUCGCACCGGUCAAGCGUGAAUUGGUUGAAUGGUCAGGCUCAGCAUGUGCGCGUCUGGAAAGUACAGUUCACGGGGCCCGGCUCUGAUUCCACGGAUGAAGACUAAGCACCGCAUCUACUACAUCACCCUGUUCUCUGUGGUGCUGCUGGGACUCAUCGCCACAGGGAUGUUCCAGUUCUGGCCACACUCCAUCGAAUCAACGGCAGACUGGAGCCUGGACCGACGCAGCGUGCACGAUGCACCUCUCGUCCAACUGCCUGUCUCCAACCCUAUUCCUGAGAGAGGGGACCUUAGCUGCAGAAUGCACACUUGUUUUGAUGUGUAUCGAUGUGGCUACAACCCUAAGAAUAGAAUCAAGGUGUACAUCUAUCCUCUGCAGCGUUUUGUGGAUGAGGGAGGAGUGCCAAUCAGCAGCACAGGCCUGUCCCGAGAGUACAAUGACCUGCUCAGUGCCAUCUCCGACAGUGAGUUCUACACUGAUGACGUCACCAGGGCAUGCCUGUUCGUGCCCUCUAUUGAUGUGCUCAAUCAGAACUCUCUGCGCAUCCGGGAGACUGCCCAGGCUCUGGCCAUGCUCCCCAGGUGGGACAAAGGGAUGAACCACCUUCUGUUCAACAUGUUACCUGGAGGACCUCCAGACUACAACACAGCCCUUGAUGUACCAAGAGACAGGGCUCUGCUUGCAGGGGGAGGCUUCUCCACGUGGACCUACAGGCAGGGUUAUGACGUCAGCAUCCCUGUGUACAGCCCUCUGUCUGCAGACGUGGAGCUGCCCGAGAGACAGCCUGGGCCCCGGCGCUACUUCAUUCUGUCGUCUCAGACGGCCAUCCACCGUGAGUACCGGGCAGAGCUGGAGAGGCUGAAGGAGGAGAACGGGGAAGCUCUGCUCCUCCUGGACAAGUGCAGCAACCUCUCUCAGGGAGUCGCCUCAGCGAGGAAACGCUGCUACAAGGGCCAGGUGUUCGACUACCCCCAGAUCCUCCAGGAGUCGUCGUUCUGUGUGGUGCUGCGCGGGGCUCGGCUGGGACAGGCCACCCUCAGUGAUGUGCUGCAGGCUGGCUGUGUCCCUGUCAUCCUGGCAGACUCAUACAUCCUGCCCUUCUCUGAGGUCCUCGACUGGAAGAGGGCAUCCGUGGUCAUUCCUGAGGAGAAGCUCCCAGAGAUGUACACCAUCUUGAAGAGUAUCCCUCACAGGCAGGUGGAGGAGAUGCAAAGACAGGCCCGCUGGUUCUGGGACGCUUACUUCAGCUCCAUGAAGGCCAUCGGCAUGACAACGCUUCAGAUCAUCAAUGACCGCAUUUACCCCUAUGCUGCCCGCACCUACGAACAGUGGAACAACCCCCCUGUGGUGAAGUGGUCGAGUGUGAACAGCCCUCUGUUCCUGCCUCUCAUCCCACCGAGGUCCCCAGGGUUCACUGCUGUGGUGCUGACCUACGACCGUAUCGAGAGCCUCUUCCGGGUCAUCACUGAGAUCUCCAAGGUUCCCAGCCUGGCCAAGCUACUGGUGGUGUGGAACAACCAGAACAAGAGUCCCCCUGAAGAUUCUUUAUGGCCGAAAAUUGCCGCGCCUCUCAAGGUGGUGCGCACCAAAGAGAACAAGCUCAGCAACCGCUUCUUCCCCUACGACGAGAUCGAGACUGAGGCCGUGCUGGCCAUCGACGAUGACAUCAUCAUGCUGACGUCUGAUGAACUACAGUUUGGCUACGAGGUGUGGCGGGAGUUCCCAGACCGGUUGGUGGGGUACCCGGGUCGGCUCCACCUGUGGGACCACGAGACGGGGAAGUGGAAGUACGAGUCCGAGUGGACCAACGAGGUGUCCAUGGUUCUGACUGGAGCAGCCUUCUACCACAAGUACUUUAACUACCUGUACACUUACAAGAUGCCAGGAGACAUCAAGAACUGGGUGGAUGCUCAUAUGAACUGUGAGGAUAUCGCCAUCAACUUCCUGGUGGCCAACAUCACUGGCAAAGCCCCCAUAAAGGUGACCCCAAGGAAGAAGUUCAAGUGUCCUGAGUGCACAGCCAUUGACGGUCUGUCCCUGGACCAGACACACAUGGUAGAGAGAUCGGAGUGCAUCAACAAGUUUGCGUCGGUCUUCGGCACCAUGCCCCUGAAGGUAGUGGAACACCGUGCAGACCCAGUCCUCUACAAGGACGACUUCCCAGAGAAGCUCAAGAGUUUCCCCAACAUCGGCAGUCUCUGACCGGACAGGGCUGUGGCCCAGCAACCCCCAGACACCCAUACAUACCCAGCAUCUUCUAGUUCAGGGGAGACAUAGAGUUUAUCUGUCCAUAUAGAACUAUCUGGAAGGUUGUUGUUGUUCUCUGUAGGGUGGUGUGGGGUUGGGAGCCUGUAUUGUUCCCUUUCCUAAAUACUGCUUUGAAUUGGAAGUGGUGAGAGAUGAGGUGUGUGUGCUCAUUGGUUGGCUGGACAGAAUCCACUGUGCGACAGAGAUGACAAGUCUGUGUAUGUCCACUGCUGCUUUAUUCAAACCAGAGGCCCGUGGGCUCUUUGGCUGAUCUGGGGUCAGUGUAUAUAAAUCACACUGACGGUGCUACAUUUUAAUGUAGCAUGGUGAGUCAGGACUGCUGUCUGCCAAGCACAGGGUGAGCAAUUGUGUAAUAUGCUGAACACCCGUAGAGAUAAUAUAUCCCAUGUCAUUUAUCUCGAACUGAUGAAUUUUUUGUAAAUGAUAAAUAAUAUGAGACAAGGUAGUUUAAGAGGGUGCUUCUCGUCUAAGGUAAUUUCAUGGCAUGAGCCAUUUUUAUUUGUUUAGUGUGAGCACUGCAGAAGUGUACGGUCAGCUUUCUCUGCAUAGAGGAUAUAUCGCAAAUAAUAUGUACACUAUAUAUUUACUGCCAAUUGAUCUACUGCUAACACUUUUCAAAAGAAUGACCAGUAUCUGGACACUUGAAUGACCUUUUUUAAAGUGUUGUAUGAUGAACUAUUGCAGUAACAUCUAGUCUGGUAUAAUAGGGAAGACACUGUAAUUGAUGCGGUGACAUUGGACUGUCUGCUUCAUGGAGAUGUAGGCACCAGGUUGUACAACUCCCCAAUUUUGAUGUCUCUUUUUGUUUAAUCUUUCUGUUAGUCCGUGUAGGCUUGCUCAUCUCUCUAAAGGAAUGUCCUAAGCAUUUGAAGUUUUUUUUUUUUUUUUUUUACUUGUGUAAGGAUUGUUUGUGAUAAAUGUGUCCCAAAAUAUAUAUAAAUAUGACUUAGUGAAGAAAUACAUGCUAAAUAAAGAUGUUUUUCAUUGGCCUGGGAUUAAAGAAAGGAACAAUGGCGCUGCCAGACUCCAACCAAGGUGAAUGAAUUGAGGAGCAAACUGAAGUGAAGAGGAAAUGCAGCUACUGGAGAACAGAGGGAGUUGAUAAAAGUGCUUGAAAAAAAUGUAAUCGGAAGUGUUCUAGAUGUGGAUGACGAUGUUGUAUGCAUGUUUAUUGGAGUGGUUUUCUCAUGCACAGUCACCAGUAGCAAGCCUCUGUGUCAGUCACGCUCUCUGUCCUCAUUUUGAUUCGGUGAAAGCCCAUGUCUGACCAGGGCUGUUGUGACAGCCAGGCCGUGUGCAGCACCACUGUUUAGCCUCGCCUGUCACCUGUUAAUAUACGCUCCCUAAUCCACCCUGUACAAUGUCAGCAGUUCAAAGGAACGCUGUUAGUAUUUUUUGUCGACUGCGUGACUUUCUUGGAGGUUGUGCGAUCUCAUUUCAUCCCUCAUGUCUGAAAUACUGAGGGAUUUUAGGCUGUCACUGCAACUGAUGCAAUCAUGGUAUAUAUGAGAUAGAUGAUAUGUAAAUACAAGAAGAUGGACGUGUUUCUUUUUUUACACUAGAGUUUUAUUGAAGGCCCCCCCCCCACCUUCCAUCCUAAUUAUAUAGACAUCAGUAAAAACAGAACACCAGAAUCCCAAAAAUCUCCACACACGUUAUUACGUGUGUUGCCCAUUGCUGCAGGACAUUGUGAAAACUGCUACUCUUAAUGACUCCUCUGAGAGUCUUGCCAUCCUAAAAACAUCCCAGUCUUUAAAUGUAGGACGUUUCCGUGAGAGUAGGAAUCCUUCUGCAGUAGCAUCAUUCCCACCACACAACAGCAUAGAAAGAUUGUCAAAUAUUGAGCGCCGACCUCUUUGACUAAAUGUGUUUUAUUGUUUGUUUAAAGGUCCAAUGCAGCCUUUCUAAUCGCAAUAUAGAAUUAUUUCAGGGUAACAGUAAAGUACCUUACUGUGAUUUCAAUUAAAAUGGUCAAAAAGAAGCCAAAAUAACUUCUUAGCAAAGAGCAAUUUCUCAAGCAAGAAUUUUGCUCGACUGUCUGGGAAUGGUCUGAAUGGGGAGGGGAGAACUGAACACCAGCUGUUAUUGGCAGAGCAGGUUGUAACUCUGGUGUUGACACCAGGCAGACCAAAACUCCAUCCCACCAUUUUCACCAUUUCACAGUAUUAUUACAACCUCAUAGUGUGGAAUAUAUAAAAGCAGGAAAAUCACAUUUUGGAGUGCAUUGGACCUUUAAAUAAUUGGCGGGAACUAUAUGAAAUUACUAAUGACAAUUGAAGCUGCACUUCAGUUAUCCAUUAAAAUAAAUUGUAGUUGA